CCAAACGAAAAAUUACUAUAUAUUUGCUUUCUCCUUUCUCGCUCUGCUCCGCCUGUCGCCGCCCUAAAACCUCGAACCAUCAUGAGCCGAAUGACUUCGAAUUUGCUUGAUGAAGCUAUAGGUCUCGAUGAUUCUACGAGUCUCUCCCCUCUGGUCGGCCGUCUGUUGCUUGUUGAGGAUUGUGUUGAAACCAGCGGCGCUUUUGUUCUUCAUCACCUCCUCAAGCGCGCCUUUUCUUCUCCUCACUCUUCCAAUGCCGUCAUCUUCAUUGCAUUCUCUCAGUCCUUUGUUCACUAUGAGCGCGUGCUCAGGAAACUGGGGUGUAACUUAGCUGCUCAAAGGGACAGCCAUAGGUUCUUUUUCUUAGACAUGCUUACGGUGGGCUGUUCAGAUAGAAGUGGAAAGGAAACUGGUGAAGGUGUUCUUGUUGGACUGUACUGCAAAAUUCAGAGAGCUGUUAGUGCCUUAAUUCAAGAGAACAAAAGGCAUGUCACCAUUGUGAUUGAUGAUAUACCUCUUCUGGAGGUUGCUGCCAAUGGUUCUUCAAAUCAUGUCUUAGACUUCCUUCAUUAUUGCCACACUUUAACAUCAGAAAUUGGUGGUUCCAUUAUCGCACUUAGUCACGAAGAUGUUUACCUGGACAUCGAAAGGCCACUGAUUCUACAGAUGGAAUACCUUGCUGACGUCUUGAUAAAAGUAGGCCCACUAGCCACUGGUAUAGCGAAGGACGUUCAUGGGCAGCUGACAGUUUUGAACAAACCAGUCGGAGGCCUGGAAGAAAACUUAAGAAACAGAGUACAUAAUUUUCAAUUUUACAUCAAGGAAAAUGGUACUGAAUUUUUUUAUUCUGGAAGCAGAGCUUGAGGAAAGUCUUGGGCAAGAAAAGUAGACGGAUUUGAUAAUUAUACCUUUUUGUGUAGUACCAUUUUGGCUCUUAACCCGGCGAAGUUGCCCGACUUCGAGCAUCUAUUGAUACUGUUCGUGAUGCAUCUAGAAAAGCGCUCUAUUGAGAUCAUCACGGACAGUAUAUAUUCCUUGCUCAACAGUCAAUUUGUUCUGUGUGAAACCUACCUCUUUAUUUGACAUUAUAACAAAGGGUUAAAUUACUUGUGUUCUA